AUGGAAAAAUCUUGUUCUCUGCUGGUGCAUUUUGACAAGGGCACACCAGCGCUCGCUAAUGAGAUCAAAGAGGCACUUCAAGGAAAUGAUGUAGCGCAGCUAAGAUAUGUGUUACCAUCUGAGGACCACACUGUUCAGAAACUGCUAUUGCUGUACUUGGAGAUCAUCGAUAAGACUGAUGGAAAGGGGCGUGUGUUGCCAGAAAUGAUCUUAAUAUGCCAGAAUCUCCGUAAUAAUCUCCAGCACCCCAAUGAAUACAUUCGUGGCGUCACUCUAAGGUUCCUUUGCCGGCUUAAUGAAGUGGAGAUAAUUGAACCUUUGAUCCCCUCCAUUAUGUCAAAUUUGGAACACCGGAACCCUUACGUUAGGAGGAACGCCAUUCUUGCUGUGAUGUCAAUUUACAAGCUCCCACAAGGUGAGCAGCUGUUGGUUGAUGCCCCAGAGACUAUUGAGAAGUUCCUCUCGACGGAGCAAGACCCAUCAACUAAGAGGAACGCCUUUCUGAUGCUUUUCAACUGCGCACAGGAUCGUGCCAUUAAUUACCUUUUGACCAAUGUUGACAGGGUACCAGAUUGGGGUGAGCUUAUGCAGAUGGUUGUAUCGGAGCUGAUUCGGAAAGUCUGCAGGACCAACAAAGCAGAGAAAGGGAGAUAUAUUAAGAUUAUUAUUUCUUUACUGAUUGCUCCCUCAGCAGCUGUUGUUUAUGAGUGCGCUGGAACCCUUGUUUCCUUGUCAUCUGCUCCCACAGCUAUUAAAGCAGCAGCAAAUACAUACUGCCAGCUUCUUCUCUCACAGAGUGACAAUAAUGUUAAGCUUAUUGUGCUUGAUCGACUGAAUGAACUUAAGACUUCUCACAAGGAUAUUAUGGUUGAUUUGAUAAUGGACGUUCUGAGAGCACUAUCAAGCCCUAACCUUGAUAUUCGAAGGAAAACACUUGAUAUUGUUCUUGAACUAAUAACACCCCGCAAUGUUAGUGAGGUGGUGCUUACUUUGAAGAAGGAAGUCGUAAAAACUCAAAGUGGGGAGCUUGAGAAAAAUGGAGAAUACCGCCAAAUGCUCAUUCAAGCUAUUCAUUUGUGUGCUAUAAAGUUUCCCGACGUGGCUAGCACAGUGGUUCAUUUGUUAAUGGAUUUCUUGGGAGACAGCAAUGUAGCAUCUGCUGUAGACGUUGUAGUUUUUGUGAGAGAGAUUAUUGAAACUAACCCAAAGUUGAGGGUUUCCAUCAUUACUAGGCUUCUGGAUACUUUUUACCAGAUCCGAGCAGCAAGGGUUUUUUCUUGUGCUCUUUGGAUUAUUGGAGAGUAUUGUCUAUCUCUUUCUGAAGUUGAAAGCGGCAUUGCAACCAUCAAGCAGUGCCUUGGAGAGUUGCCCUUCUUUUUGGUUUCUGAAGAUGAGGAUGCUGCGGAAUCUUCAAAGAAAGCCCCACAGGCAACUUCUAUCACGGUUUCAUCUAGAAGACCAGCUAUCCUUGCUGAUGGAACUUAUGCCACUCAAAGUGCUGCCUCAGAAACUGUUUUCUCCUCUCCAUCUGUAAUUCAGGGAUCUUUGACGGUAGAGAAUUUGAGAUCUCUUCUUCUCACUGGUGACUUUUUCCUUGGGGCAGUUGUUUCGUGUACCCUAGCAAAGCUCAUUUUAAGAUUAGAAGAGGUUCAACCAUCAAGGAUUGAGGUGAACAAGGCAACCGCAAGUGCAUUAUUGGUGAUGGUCUCAAUGCUACAGUUAGGACAAUCCUCAGUUCUCCCACACCCAAUUGAUAAUGAUUCUUAUGACAGGAUUGUUAUCUGUAUAAGGUUGUUGUGUAACACAGAGGACUCUCUUAGGAAGAUCUGGUUAAAGUCUUGCCGUGAAAGUUUUGUUAAGAUGCUUUCAGAUAAACAACUGCGUGAAACUGAAGAAAUUAAAGCAAAAGCUCAGGUUUCUCAUUCACAGCCAGAUGACCUUAUCGACUUUUACCAUUUGAAGAGCCGAAAGGGCAUGAGCCUACUGGAGCUGGAAGAUCAGGUCCAAGAUGAUCUUAAACGAGCUACUGGGGAAUUUGUUAAGGAUGCAGAGGAUGCAAAUAAGUUAAACCGGAUCAUUCAACUCACAGGGUUCAGUGACCCUGUAUAUGCUGAAGCUUAUGUAACAGUUCAUCAUUACGAUAUUGUCCUGGAUGUGACAGUUAUAAAUAGAACCAAAGAGACUCUUCAGAAUUUGUGUUUGGAGUUGGCUACAAUGGGUGAUCUUAAACUUGUCGAGCGCCCCCAGAAUUAUACUCUAGCACCUGAGUCUAGCAAGCAGAUAAAAGCAAAUAUUAAGGUGUCCUCUACAGAAACUGGAGUCAUAUUUGGCAACAUUGUUUAUGAAACAUCAAAUGUGCUUGAUCGGAAUGUUGUUGUCCUUAAUGAUAUUCAUAUCGAUAUCAUGGAUUACAUCUCUCCUGCUGCAUGUAGUGAUGCUGCUUUUAGAACCAUGUGGGCAGAAUUUGAAUGGGAGAACAAGGUCGCCGUCAACACGACAAUUACAGAUGAGAAAGAAUUCCUUGACCACAUUAUCAAAUCAACCAACAUGAAAUGCCUAACUGCACCGUAA